CUUAACCUCAACCAACAUGGAGGCUAGCUAUCGCGCAGAACUGCGGCGCCAGGCCCACCAAGCCAAUACUCGUGCCUCUACAGACAAACUACACAUACAAGAAGAUUUUCGAAAUAUAUAUACAACUCUCACCGAAGGCCUUUCCUCUGAAGAAUCGAAACUUGCCGCGAAGCCACCACCACCUGAGCUCAUGAUGCUGGUCGUGCGAAACAUGAUAUAUCCUAAUAUCCUCUCCGCGUAUAUCCCGGAUCUCCUAGAAGUAUUGAGCAACAUCGAGAAAUGGCGUGCAAGGGCAAAUGGUCGAGCUGGUCGCGCAUUAGCGUGCGACGGAUACUGGCCCCACUACCACAAACAAUAUUCCAGCGGCCUAACUGAUAGCGAUCGAAAAGUCUUGCAGGUCAUCUCCGACGCUCAUGAAGUAACUCGAACAAAAUACGUUGAGAUUCUCAAGCAGUAUUGCAAUCUGCACUUGUACUACAUAUGGACGUCCAAAUCUCCAGUAGACGUUAAGCAAAAACUUGACUCCCGAUGAGCUAGUCAAACUUUGGGAGGUGAGGAAAGAAUGGGCUGACUUUGUUGCUGAAUGCAUGACCCCAUGUCAGAGUUCCCAACCAGGAACAAAUAGUUGCUCAAACAGAAGCAUAUCUUGUUCUGGUCCAGAAGGAGGUUGAUGCGCUAGAGCGAAUUUUUAACGAGGAUGCAUACAAGUAUCGAGUGGGUUGAGACUAUGAAUGUUGUAUGUACAU